AUGUAUAAAACACUUCAAAACCAUUUAUCUCAUCACAACAUCCAUACAAGUGCCCUAAAUACACACAACAAAAACUUCAAGAGACCAAAGAUAUGGAAAUUUUUACAAGAAGUCUUGCCAGAAGCAUUUCAAAAAGUGUUUCAAGCUUUGUUGAUGCAAAUAGAAUGUGGAGGAGAACAACACACAUUGUUUAAUGGUGGGAGGAGCAUGAGGACUGUCGAUCUUGGAGAGGACAACCAUGCCAGGUUUUCUAAGAUCAAGAAAUCGUUUAACUGCAUUAAUGACUCUAAGAAAAGUGGGAUAGAUGCUUCAAAGUCUCAUCGAUCAUCCAAGAUUUCUAGUUCCAACAAUGAGUUACAAAACAAAUGGCUUGUUGAAAUUUACAAGAAUAUGUCGUCAGUUCAUGAACCAAAUUGA